GCGCGGUGUUGCGUCUCGUCUGCUUUGGACUUUGGAGAGAGUGGAUGGACUGCAGCUGCCCGAUGCAUGUGCUUGUGGGGCUUGGCUAACCGAUGCAUCGUGCGUGCCUCACCUCCAUCUGCAGUUGGAGAGAGAGAGAUGGAUUGGUGCCUACGACGCGCUGGUCGACACGGCGGCCACCGCAGUCCGCGAGCCCGAGUGUACGGUGGCGCUCACGGACCUCCACCGCUGCCUCGAUGCCUUCAGCGAGUCCUGCGACCGAGCCAAGGGCCUCGUCCAGGCGGCCGCCGCUGGCCUCGGCCCCGCCGCCACCCGCCACGACGAGCUGUGCCGCGCCGUGCGCGCGGUCGACAAGGAUCUCCGAGCCGCCGAGGAGAACGAGAUGGAAGAGGAGAAGCAUCGCCCUCCGACCACGCCGCUGGUGGCCUAGGACAAAUAGCCCAAUCGAUCUACCUCUUCUCCUGUUGAAGUGAUGUUCAUCGUUCUUGUUUUUUCCAUGUGAUGUUCAUCGUUCCUUUUAUUUUCUUGCUUGAUGUGCUAAUCGUGUUAGUCAUCUAGAAGAUGAAUGAAACUGUGACGGGAAAGGACAGAUGGACUGGAUAUAUUGCCUCGCCAUGCCACAUGGUGGCCGAGAUGCGGCAGCCCCAUGCUCUGUUCCGAUGGGCCUCCUAUGCUCGAUGUUGCUGCUGGUUGAGUUUGGUACGGUUUCCUGUUGUCGCUUGCGUCGAGCCUUGGGUCCGUCUCUCCUUCUCAUUGAGCCUACUUCUCCUGUCGCUGGCGCUUCUUCUUCUCGUCGGUCCUGCUGCUUACCCAACCUUUUGCUUGCUGCCUCGGGUUGCAUGAUCUCUGAUGUAGCUGCGUCGUUUGACUCAUCAAGAUAUACCACGGAGGGAAGAUCUGCCUCACUGUGCACUUCAGGCGCGCGCACACUAGCGAUGGUACAAGAUUGGCUUCCUGGUGGAAUCAGGUGCGCGUCGUCCAUGGUGGCCUGUCGUGGGUGUUGGUGGGCGGCUGGAGGCGGCUGUAGCAGGUCGAUUUAUCUGACUACUGAAAAUGAGCUUCAGAAUAUCUGUAGAACGUAGCCCACUUCCAGCCAAAUAUCAAUUAUGAUAAAUCCACCAUGUACCAUGAUCAUUUUGAAUAGUCUUGCUUAAGUUUAUGUUAGCCUUGUAUGCUGAUUUGAGGAGAUUGUUAACUUUAAGGUGCGAACAUUUAUAAAAUGAUAAUUGUACCGUUUUUUGGGAUUUUGUGAUUCCUAUGGAAUUAAGAGGUCAUCUAUUGGCCUAUCCCUAUUUGUAAUUUCAAAUAGUUAUUUUUUGGUGCACUUCUAUUUUAGAAAUGAAUCAGUAGCCAAUUAUGCUUGAUGUUUCAAGCAGAACUAGAAUUGGUAAACAACUAUCUGUGAAGCAUAUAUGGAGGCGGGAGUCUGGUUUGUUUUUUUGCUAUGUGCCUAUUUGCUUAAGAAAAUACUUGACUGGAGAGCAGAUUCCAAAUGGAGAUGCAAUUUCAUGCGUUGGGGGCAGAAGUAGAAUAAAUAGUAAAUCUUGAUCUUAUGGAGUGAUGAUUUACAUUCUUUGUGUGAUGAGAUAAUACACAACCUAGGUGUUAUUUAGCUUGCUACUGUAGAACAACUGACUAUCAUGAUGUGUAGUUUCUGAAUAUUGAGUCCUCGAGUUUUGGAGAAUGGUGCGCUCUAAUUUGGAAGUGGUAUUUCCUAAUGUAUUCACAUAGUUAGAUAUCAUAUUAUAUAUUUUUUCUCUUACUUGAAAUUUCUGCCAUGUAAAGCUAGGUUGUCUUUGAUUUGU